UAGACGUCCGAUUAGAAACAAAUCUGCAGUAGUUGAAAAUAAAACCUGUAAUGAUGACUUCUAUUCAGAUAAACUUAAAUUUUGUACUACAGCUAUUGGGGAUGACGAAAAAAUUAAUUAUACUACGGGAUUGGACGAUAACUUGAGAAAUAUUAAUUCGAUUCUUGAGGAUCUAGGUUUUCUGUCUACUUUUAAUGAUGCGUAUACUCGAACAGUUCAUCCAUUAAAAAUAAAAUGUUUUAAUGUCGAUAAACAGUUUAAUACCGGUCAUGGUUCAAAUUUUUAUACUGCGAAAAAACCAGAAAAUAGAUAUAAUCAAAACGGAAAAUAUCAGAAGCCGAUAAUCUUUGAAAAAUUUCCAGAAACUUACAACUAUAACAAUUUAACAGGUAAUCCAGAUAAUCAAAAAGAAAGACAUCAAAAUUCAAUAUCAUAUCAAAAAUUCCCGGAAAAGCAUUAUUACAACAACAAUUAUAUUCAUUAUCAAAAGUCAACAAUUACUAAAAACAACAUUAACUCACAACCACUAAUUUAUACGAAAAAACCGAAUUAUUAUCAACAAAAGCCAAUCCCUUCAAAAUAUUGGGAUAUGAGAUAUAUGCUGUUUUCUAACUUCGAUCAAGGAAUUGUAUUGGAUGAGGAGAGCUUUUAUUCGGUUUGCCCCGAGAUCUUAAGCUACCACAUUGCAAAACGUUGCACUAAUAAUGUAGUGGUAGAUCCCUUUUGUGGUGCUGGUGGCAAUGUCAUUCAAUUAGCGAAAACCUGUAAAAAAGUUAUAGCGAUUGACAUCGACCCGGAGAAGAUCAAGUUGGCACGGCAUAAUGCUAAGAUAUGCGGUGUUGAGGACAAAAUCCAGUUUAUGGUCGGCGACUUUUUUUCGAUUUAUCAUACCAUAAAAGCUGAUGUAUUGUUUAUGUCUCCGCCGUGGGGAGGCCCCGGAUAUGCAAUCAACAAAAUUUAUAGCUUAAAGUCGAUGUGUCAUAGUCAUUUUGGAGGAGGUUUUGAUAUUUUUAAACUCGCCAAAACUGUUGCACCAAAUAUUGCAUUCCACAUGCCAAAAAACACCGACAUAUCUGAAUGUUUGCGUUUGGCACAAGAUUUCGGGAAAGUUGAAAUCCAACAAAAUCUCAUUAAUGGUAAAUUGAACUCAAUCACAGCGUUUUACGGAAACUUUAAUUGGAGUAACUGACAGUUGUCGUUACUCCAAUUGAAAACAUUGUUUUUAUACUUCUCAAUUAUUAUGCUUGUUCGUUAAAAAUACCGUUUCUUCGUUUUUUCUACGUAAUUAUUAUACCUUGUUUAU